GAGAAACUCGGGUGCCUAGGGGUUGGAAUACUCAUCGAGGAAGGUUUAAACGCUGAGCAUAGUUUGGUCUUGAUAUGAACCGUCAUAUUAUGACCAUGAAGUCUCAGAGACUGCUUACUCUAGAACAAGCAAUCCCUUCUCUGGGUUGUCUCAUCGUGGCUGUCUGGGCCAAGCUCAUGACGGGCGGGUUAUUGGAUAUCGUAAUCAUGAUUCGAGGGUUGGCUUUGGUCAUGACAUCAAUAAGCCUUGCUAGUGACAUUCCACGCCUCUGAUACAGUCCAUCGAUCGAUCAUAACUUCUGGCGGUGUCAACAAAGCAAGGCUGGUAAGCUCACCGUCAAGGCACGCACCCUCAGGUUUUAGGCAUGUUUCCCGGUAAGCU